UCGCCACCGCAGCCGCAGCCGCGCAGCACCGGCCGGAUCCAGCUGGGCAGCCAGAUUGGAAGACCCUCCUGGUGAAGAAGAGCCCCCGCCUGCUGCCGCCCACCAUCAUGGCUCCCACUCUCGCCACGGCCCACCGGCGUCGCUGGUGGAUGGCCUGCACGGCUGUCGUGGAGAACCUCUUCUUCUCCGCCGUCCUCCUGGGCUGGGGAUCCCUCCUGAUCAUGCUCAAGUCGGAGGGCUUCUACUCCUACCUGUGCCCCCUCCCAGAGAAUUCCACGGGGGGGCCCUUGGUGCCCGGGAACGGGACGGCAGCCCCGGAGCCAGAAGUGGCCCGAAUGAACGGCUGGCUGAUCUGCAAGGAGCAGGAUGAGAUGCUGAACCUGGCCUUCACCGUGGGCUCCUUCCUCUUGAGCGCCAUCACUUUGCCCCUGGGCAUCGUCAUGGACAAGUAUGGGCCGCGCAAGCUGAGGCUGCUGGGCAGCGCCUGCUUUGCCGUCUCUUGCGUGAUGAUCGCCUAUGGGGCCAGCAACCCGGACUCCCUCUCGGUGCUCAUCUUCAUCUCGCUGUCGCUGAACGGCUUCGGAGGGAUGUGCCUGACCUUCACGUCUCUCACACUGCCCAACAUGUUCGGGGAUCUCCGCUCCACCUUCAUUGCCCUCAUGAUUGGCUCCUACGCCUCCUCGGCGGUGACGUUUCCCGGAAUCAAGGUGAUCUACGACCUGGGCGUCUCCUUCAUCCUCAUCCUGCUGGUUUGGGCAGGCUGUGCGGGCCUUGUCUUCUUCAACUGCUUCUUCAACUGGCCCCUGGAGCCCUUCCCGGGCCCCGAAGACAUGGACUACACGGUGAAGAUUAAGUUCAGCUGGCUGGGCUUUGACCACAAGAUCACCGGGAAGCAGUUCUACAAGCAGGUGACCACGGUCGGCCGCCGCCUCAGUGUGGGCAGCUCCAUGAAGGGCAAUAAGGAGGCCACGGCGCUGCAGGAUGGCAACAAGCUCUGCUUCUCCACAGUGGACCUGGAGGUGAAGUGCGAGCCGGACAGUGCCGCUUCCCCGUCCUUCAUGAACAGCGUCUUCAGCCCCAUCCUGCUGCUCAGCCUGGUCACCAUGUGUGUCACGCAGCUGCGCCUCAUCUUCUACAUGGGGGCCAUGAACAACAUCCUGGCCUUCCUGGUGGAGGGCGACCUGGAGACAGUGGGGCUUUAUGGCUCCAUCUUUGGAGUCUUGCAGCUGCUCUGCCUCCUGACGGCGCCGGUGAUUGGCUACAUCAUGGACUGGAAGCUGAAGGAGUGUGACGACAGCCCUGAGGAGUUGGACAAGGGAGACGCCAGCCCCCCGGGUGAGAAGAAGGAGAAGAGGCCUCGGGACCGCCAGAUCCAGAAGAUCUGCAACGCCACCAGGGCUUUCGCUUUCACCAAUGUGCUGCUGGUGGGCUUUGGAGUCACCUGCCUGAUCCCCAGCCUGCCUUUGCAGAUCCUUUCCUUCAUCCUGCACACCAUCGUCAGAGGCUUCAUCCACUCGGCGGUCGGAGGUCUCUAUGCUGCUGUGUAUCCCUCCACGCAGUUUGGCAGCUUGACUGGGCUGCAAUCUCUCGUCAGCGCCCUCUUUGCCCUCCUGCAGCAGCCCCUUUUCCUGGCCAUGAUGGGCCCCCUGGAAGGAGACCCCCUCUGGGUCAACGUGGGGCUGCUGGGGGUGAGCAUGCUGGGCUUCUGCCUGCCUGUCUACCUCAUCUGCUACAGGCGGCGCCUGGAACGGGCGAAGCAGCAGAAACACGACGAUGCCCAGCUCUUCCUCAAGAUCAACGGCACACCCAGCGAGGAGGCCUUUGUUUAGAGACGCAUUUGGACUGGCUGGGGGAGGGUCGUCGUCCCCCCCCCGAGGCCCCAGAGAAGCCCCACCCAGCACAGCUCCCAUCUCACGGGCCUUGCUUUGGAGUGAAAAGCCACGCCACCAUGCCAUUUCCGUGGCACCACCCUGGUGUGGCCUCCCCUGCCCAGAGUCUCUGGUGCUGGCCUCAGAGACGCCUAACUCGAUAAGGUCUUGGUUGCUUUGCAAAGGGAAUGCCCCCCACCCACCCACCCCCGCUCUUCUGGUGAUCUAGCCCUUCCUGGCACACGCCUACGCAACGCACGUACAAACACACGCAGGCAACGGCUUGGUUUGUGUCUGUGCAGGACACAGACCCCGGCCUCCUCCCUCCCCAUCUGCCUGCUCUCCCGUCCUGGGUGAGCACUCCCCUGGUCACCUUGCAGGGCCCUGCUGGUCCCUCCGGCCUCUGCAGCCGCUGGCCGAGGAGAGAAUCCAGUCUGCCUGCAUCUUGCACCUGUCCUGGUGGGAGGGGGAUGUGGCCCCACCUUCUCCGCAGGCUGAGGACCAGCUUGGCGAAAGCUGGGGGUUGCACAGUGUCUUGUCCCUCCAACCUUUGGGGCAUUGCCAAAGAGGGACAGCUUUGCACAGGGUCACCCAGGGAUCUUAAAUUGACCCCAAAGCAUUAAAGGACCUGACAGACCGAGGCAAGGAGGCACCCCAAAUCAUGACCUGGGCUGGGGGGGCACUGGCUCCUGCCCUGCCAUCCCCUGCCUGUGUCUGGCUCUGCCAAGGGCAGGUUUAGCUUCCUGGCGCCUGGCACAGUAACUGGCGCCCCCUGGUGGCAGGAAUUCUCCUGGGCAGGGCACUGGUUCCCUUGCAGCAGCGGGGGGGGGGGGGGGGGGACAAGAUGCCACAGGUGGAUUGCACUGUCUUCUCUCUUUUAACAUCAAAAAAACCC